AUGUCGUCACGCAGAUCCGGCCGCGCAAAAGCGCCCGUCAAAUACACAUCUGAUUCCGACGACUCAGACUUCGGCAACAAGAAGCCGCGCAAAUACAAGACCGCAGCGACGCCCAAGAAGCGCACAAAGAUAGAGGUUGAGCCUGACGACGCGCCUGCGCCCAAGAAACGCACAAAGAAAGAUGCAGACCAACUCGCCUCUGACGCCGCGGCUGCGCAGGAAAAAGCCUCCAAAGCCGCGCACAAACAAGCGUGGGAUGCAUGGCUCAAGGACAAUGCGCUACCUGAGGACGAUAGGUUACUAGAUGAAGAGCCAGACAAGGAGAUUAGCAUUACGCAGACGGACGCGGGCAAGAAAUACGGCCUGAAGAAGGAGGAAUUGAGCGUUGUAAAGCACUUUGAGAAGCGCAAUCCGAAUCCGCUGUAUAAGAACGACAUCAAGUUGUUUGUGGAGAGCGAAGUUAAGGAGCUGGGGUGGAGAAAACUGGGAAUGCUGGUGGGUGAAGAGGGUGAGGAUGCGGUAAAGAAAGGGAGGGAGAUGUGGGAGGAGGAGCACAAGAACGACCCGGAGCCCAAGCCUGAACCAACGAAGAAAGAAAAACCAAAGUCGAACAAACAACUCUGGACCGCGUGGGUCGAUUCCAAUACGCACCCCUCUCCACUACCCAAUCUCGAGGCGGAACCAGAGAACGCGAUUAAUCAGACGGAGUGUAAGGCAAAGUACGGCCUUGUUCCGCAGGAUAUGGUUGUGCUGGAGUACUUCCCCAAGCCGAAUCCAAAGUACGGGAACACGACGAAGCUGUUUGAUGAGGAGGCGGUGAAGAAGUUGUGUUGGAGGAAGACGGCGAUUCUGGCGGGGGAGGAUGCUGGUGGAGAUGAGGAGGGGUUGUUGGAGAAGGGAGAAAAGCUGUUUGGGGAGAAGGAUUAG